GGGCGCCGGGAAGCAGGAAGCGCGUGGCGGCGGGGAUGGCGGGGCCCGGCUGGGGCCCCCCGCGGCUGGACGGCUUCAUCCUCACCGAGCGCCUGGGCAGUGGCACGUACGCCACGGUGUACAAGGCCUACGCCAAGAAGGACACUCGUGAGGUUGUAGCCAUCAAGUGCGUAGCCAAGAAGAGUCUGAACAAGGCAUCCGUGGAAAACCUCCUGACAGAGAUUGAGAUCCUCAAGGGCAUUCGACACCCCCACAUCGUAGAGCUGAAAGACUUCCAGUGGGACAGUGACAACAUCUACCUCAUCAUGGAGUUCUGUGCAGGGGGUGACCUGUCUCGCUUCAUCCAUACCCGCAGGAUUCUGCCUGAGAAGGUGGCUCGUGUCUUCAUGCAGCAGUUGGCUAGUGCCCUGCAGUUCCUGCAUGAACGGAAUAUCUCUCACCUGGAUCUGAAGCCACAGAACAUUCUACUGAGCUCCUUGGAGAAGCCCCACCUUAAGCUGGCAGACUUUGGCUUUGCACAGCACAUGUCCCCCUGGGAUGAGAAGCAUGUGCUCCGUGGCUCCCCGCUCUACAUGGCUCCCGAAAUGGUGUGUCAGCGGCAGUAUGAUGCCCGUGUGGACCUCUGGUCUGUGGGGGUCAUCCUGUACGAAACCCUCUUCGGGCAGCCCCCCUUUGCCUCCAGGUCAUUCUCGGAGCUGGAAGAGAAGAUCCGGAGCAACCGGGUUGUUGAGCUCCCCCUGCGGCCCCUGCUCUCCCGAGACUGCCGGGACCUGCUGCAGAGGCUCCUAGAACGUGACCCCAACCGUCGCAUCUCCUUCCAGGACUUCUUCGCCCACCCCUGGGUGGACCUGGAGCACAUGCCCAGUGGGGAGAGCCUGGCACGAGCAACCGCACUGGUGGUGCAGGCUGUAAAGAAGGACCAGGAAGGGGCUGCUGCGGCCGCCUUAUCUCUGUACUGUAAGGCUCUGGACUUCUUCGUGCCUGCCCUGCACUAUGAAGUGGACGCCCAGCGGAAGGAGGCAAUUAAGGCAAAGGUGGGGCAGUACGUGUCCCGGGCUGAGGAGCUCAAGGCCAUCGUCUCCUCCUCCAAUCAGGCUCUGCUGAGGCAGGGGGCCUCUGCCCGAGACCUGCUCAGAGAGAUGGCCCGGGACAAGCCGCGCCUCCUUGCUGCCCUAGAAGUGGCUUCAGCUGCCGUGGCCAAGGAGGAGGAAGCUGGUGGGGAGCAGGACGCCCUGGCCCUGUACCAGCACAGCCUGGAGGAGCUGCUGCUGCUGCUGGCAGCGGAGCCCCCAGGCCGGAGGCGGGAGCUGCUUCACACUGAGGUUCAGAACCUCAUGGCUCGAGCUGAAUACUUGAAGGAGCAGGUCAAGAUGAGGGAGUCUCACUGGGAAGCCGAGACCAUGGACAAAGAGGGGCUGUUGGAGUCUGUGCGUAGCUCCUGCACCCUGCAGUGACCCCAGAAGGAUGACUGGACAGACCACAAGCCCCCUGGAGUUGGGGGACACGCUAACCCAGGCUGACACCCAGAAUUCUGUGGCCCUCUGCAAUGCUGUGGAGCAGGCUUCCCAGAUUGGCAGCUCUGAGACCCCCACAUCCCAGGGUCCCCAGCACCCUUCAGGAUCAUCUCCACCCCCUAGAGGGUCUGAUGGUCCAUGGUGUGUGCUGGGAGCACUGGGCCUUGGCCCCGGGGGAGGGGAGCAGGACUCUGGGAGAAGAGUAUUUCUUUCAUGUGACUUUUGUUAUUUGGUGGUAGCUGGCCCCUGAACCUGUUGAUUUGGGGGCAUCAAGCCUUCUGUGUUUGCUCUGAGAAGAAGGCAGGGAGCCCUCCGCAGGGCAUUCUACUCUUGGCCCCACCCUGCAAGCUGGCAGCUGUGCCCUGUGUCCACCCCUGUCCUUCCUUGGAGCCCUUAUUGCCUCCCUCCUUGUACUGGAACGGGGCACUUCAAGACCCCUCAGGGACCACCUACCCCACAGUAUGCACUCAGCUCCAUAGAAUUCACCAGUCUUCUGGGAGCUGACCCUUGCCCACCCUCUCAGUAUUCUAAGAUAAUCCUUCAAGCAUGAAAUAAUCUUUGUGGGGUGGGGUAAAUCUGAGAAACCCAGGCCUUGUUCCUGCCCUGGCCCAGGGGGCACAAGGGGAGGGUCCUCAAUCCUCAUCCCUCCCACUUCCAUCCCUCUUUGGGGAACACCCCUCCCUGCCACAGAGCUGAUUCUGGCCUGGGAGGAGGCAUGGGGGUGGCCUGACCAUCAGACUGCAGGGACCCAGCAUCCUGAAGACCUGGUCCUAGAUCUGACACUGCAGCUGCCCCGGCUUGUGACCUGGCAAGGCCCUUUCCCGUUGGGCCUGGGUCUCCCCAUCUCCCCAAUGGGGCUGCUACUACCUCCUUAGCCCCCCGCAUGGACUUUGAGGAGGACAAGGUGACUUUAAUCUGGAGAAAAUGUACACAACUGGAGUUACUUAGGGGUUUCUUUUUAAAAAAUCCCAGAGGGUGUUGGUGAUUUUUAACCCUCUGCCCUUAAAAGCCUCCUUGGGGCAAGAGUUGUCUGUCUUCUCUGCAGGCGGCUGGGUGUAAAGAAUGUAAUCAUUGUUUCUCUAUUAAAUUAUUUUCUGACCAUG